AUGGAUUCAUCAAAAAACUCUCCAUGGCUUGCUGCGCCAUCCAUUGAUCGCCCUUUCGGGAUUCGAUUAUGGCCAAUAUUUGACCGUUUCUUCUACACACUCGCAGGUUAUCACCCGCAAGACUUUGAUUUUAAGCCAAGAGAGACUCCUAUGUCUACGCUCAAAGAAAGUUUUAUGACGAUUAUUGUGUACUACAUUGUAAUAUUAGGGGGACGAGAACUGAUGCGCACGCGUCCUGCUUUUCAACUUAACACUUUAUUUAAGAUUCACAAUUUCUACCUCACUGCUAUAAGUGGAGGUCUCUUGGUUCUUUUCCUUGAACAAUUAAUUCCUACUAUUGCCAAACACGGUGUUUUCUUCGCUAUUUGCGACCACCGCGGUGGAUGGACUCCACCCCUAGUAAUUCUUUACUAUUUAAACUAUUUGACAAAAUACCUUGAACUUUUGGACACCGUGUUUUUGGUGCUAAAGAAGAAACCAUUGACAUUCCUACACUGUUAUCACCAUGGAGCAACGGCUUUACUUUGUUACUCACAGUUGAUCGGUCUAACAUCUGUCUCUUGGGUCCCAAUUACCCUCAAUCUCACUGUACAUGUCGUCAUGUACUGGUAUUACUUCCAGAGUGCUCGUGGAAUUCGGAUAUGGUGGAAAGAGUGGAUCACGCGUCUUCAGAUUAUCCAAUUCGUCAUUGACUUAGGAUUCAUCUAUUUCGCGUCGUACAGCUACUUCGUCUCUACUUACUUCAAUUGGUUACCGCAUGUUGGAGACUGCGCUGGUGAAGAAUUUGCCGCGUUCAGUGGAAUGGGUAUAAUAACAUCUUAUCUUGUUCUAUUCAUAUCAUUCUAUAUCGCCACAUAUUCCAAAGCGUCUGGCAAGAAAGGAACUGGGCGAAAAGCUGCAAAGUCUCUAAAAGAUGCAGAAAUACCCGAUGUCCAAGCAUUGAUGAACGGCAAAGCCACAGGUUCAUCGAGCGCCACUUCUGGCAAUGGGGCUAAUUCGCGCUCCACAAGGUCUCGCAAGGCUUAG